CUCCCCUCUCAUAGAUCUUCUCUCUGACAGGCCCAGCUAAAACGGAGGAGGCAGAGCCGCCGGCCAGAUCAGUUGCCGGGCCACAGUCUGAUAAGGGUUUCUCCCCUGUCACAGGGAGAUUGCGCAAUAAGCGCGAGGUGAUGCCAGAUUCAACCUCCCAGGCUUUCCCACUUAGACAGGGAACCGGUGGCCAGACCCAAUACUGGCCGUUUUCAGCAGCUGACAUUUACAAUUGGAAACAACACAACCCUUCUUUCUCCAAAGAUCCGGUGGCACUCACCGACCUAAUACUUACCCACCAGCCUACUUGGGAUGACUGCCAACAGCUCUUACAGGCCCUCUUAACCUCAGAAAAAAAAAAACAAAGAGUGUUCCUAGAGGCCAGAAAGCAUGUUCUGGGAGAUGAUGGGCGUCCCACCCAGCUGCCUGAAAAAAUUGAUGCUGCAUUCCCACUUAAGAGACCAAACUGGGAUUUUAAUACAGCUGAAGACUGCCUGUACCCUCUGCUGGGCCGUGACCUGCUCACCAAACUAAAAGCACAAAUUCAUUUUGAGGAAGGAGGGGCCCGAAUAACUGGCCCCCACGGAACUCCCCUUCAAGUUCUAACCCUAUGAACCGGGACAGGACACUGGCUUGGGCAGAGACUGGUGGGAUGGGGUUGGCGCUCCAACAGCCCCCCUUAAUUACAACUCCAGUCUCCAUAAAACAAUACCCCCUGUCACAUGAAGCUUAUCAAGGUAUAAGGCCUCACAUUACGAGGCUUCUGGAUCAAGGCAUCCUAGUCCCCUGCCGGUCGCCUUGGAAUACGCCUCUUCUGCCUGUUAAGAAACCCGGCACUAGAGAUUAUAGGCCAGUACAAGACUUGAGAGAGGUCAACAAGAGGGUAAAAGAUAUUCAUCCGACUGUUCCAAACCCUUACAAUUUGCUCAGUAACUGUUCAUCGAUGAGAAACAGGGGUAUGCUAAAGGGGUCCUAACACAAAGGUUGGGACCCUAGAAAUGCCCUGUGGCCUACCUGUCUAAGAAAUUGGACCCUGUGGCCUCCGGCUGGCCACCGUGCUUAAGGAUGGUGGCUGCUAUUGCUGUCCUGAUCAAGGACACUGGAAAAUUGACUUUGGGACAGCCACUCACCAUCCUAACACCCCACGCAGUGGAGGCCUUGGUAAAGCAGCCCCCAGACCGCUGGCUCUCUAAUUCCCACAUGACCCACUACCAAGCCUUGUUACUGGAUGCAGAACAGGUUCAGUUUGGACCCGUAGUCGCCCUCAAUCCUGCCACCUUGCUUCCCCUACCAGAGGAGGCAGAACAGCAUGACUGCCUACAAAUCCUCACAGAAGUACAUAGAACCAGGCCGGACCUAUCGGACCAGCCUCUUCAGAAUGCUGACCACACAUGGUACACGGAUGACAACAGCUUCUUGGCAGAGGGAGAGCGAAAGGCUAGAGCUGCGGUCACUACGGAGGACAAAGUGAUUUGGGCGAAAGCCCUGCCUGCUGGUACCUCCGCACAACGGGCUGAACUCAUCGCCUUGACUCAGGCGUUCAAGAUGACAAAAGGUAAGAGGCUAAAUAUAUAUACAGACAGCCGUUAUGCCUUUGCCACGGUACACAUCCACGGGGAGAUCUACCGGAGGCGGGGGCUGCUCACAUCUAAAGAUAAAGAUAUUAAAAAUAAGGCUAAAAUUCUGGCCCUCUUAGAAGCCCUAUUCUUGCCCAAAAGACUGAGUAUUAUACAUUGUCCAGGACACCAAAAAGGGCACAACCCAGAGGCACGAAGAAACCGGCUGGCCGAUGCCACGGCGCGAAAAGCGGCCAUGAGCAAACAAAUCUUGCCCUUAAAUAGCCCAGACCAACCCACGCCCCCACCAGUGGGACAAACCAGUUGGGUUUAUGCCCAUGAGGACAUAGAGCUCCUAAAAAAAUGGGGGCCAUCUACCACCCUCAACUAAAACAGUGGGUCUACAAAGGACUUUUGAAUUGAUCUCCUUUUUACAUAAGAAGAUAAAAACCUUACUAGAUCGAGAAGAGAUAAAUCUGUGUUUUUUUUUAAUUGGGACAAAGCGAUACAAAAGGUGACUGAGAGUUACAAAGCGUGUGCUCAGGUUAACCUGGGAAGGACCAUGAUUGGACAAGGAGUUCGUCCUAGGGGACACCGUCCCGACAUCCAUUGGGAAAUUGAUUUUACUGAAAUUAAACCAGGUAUAUAUGGAUACAAGUAUCUCCUAGUGUUUAUAGACACCUUCUCAGGAUGGGUCAAAGCCUUCCCCACGAAGCACGAGACUACAAAAAUGGUCACCAAGAAGCUCCUCGAGGAAAUCUUUCCCAGGUAUGACAUGCCUCAAGCGUUGGGGUCAGACAACGGGCCCGCUUUCGUCUCCCAAGUAAGUCAGUUGGUGGCCAAAUUGCUGGGGAUUGAUUGGAAAUUACAUUGUGCCUAUAGACCCCAGAGUUCAGGUCAGGUAGAACACAUGAAUAGAACAAUUAAGGAGACUUUAUCCAAACUUACGCUUGCAACUGGCUCAAAGGAUUGGGUGGCCCUCCUUCCCCUAGUUCUAUAUCGGGCCCGGAAUACCCCGGGCCCCCAUGGUCUAACUCCUUUUGAAAUAAUAUAUGGAGCACCACCCCCAUUUGUCCAUUUCUUUGAUUCAAACAUUGCUGAUUUUGCUGACAGCCCUUCUCUGAGGGCCCAUUUACAGGCCCUACAGAUUGUGCAGAGAGACGUCUGGAGACCUUUGGCCACUGCUUACCAGGACAAGCUUGAGCAUCCGGUGGUGCCACACCCGUUCCAGAUUGGAGACACCGUGUGGGUGCACAGACACCAGACCAAGAAUCUCGAGCCACGGUGAAAAGGACCCUACACCGUCCUCCUGACUACCCCGACCGCCCUAAAGGUAGACGGAGUCUCGGCUUAGAUCCACACACCACACGUCAAGACAGUCCGGUCUGAGGAAUUGACUAAUCACAACACUACACCCCAGACAUAGAGAGUUCAGCACACUCCAAACCCCUUAAAGUUAAAACUCCUACGUGGCUCCUCCUAGCCCUUUUGUGGCCUAGAGUCAGUGGGGGAAUAAGCCCCCACCAGACAAAAAUUUCUUGACCAAGUCGAGUGAAAGAUUUCACUCAAAGUUAGCAAAAAAAUGGGGGAAUGAAAGACCCCAGCUUAGCAGCAGUAACGCCAUUUUGCAAGGCUAUAUUUAAGAUGACUGGUUCAGAGAAAGGUUAGAACACUGAGUACACAGCGGCUGCCAAACAAGAUGUGUUUGGUUGAAGGCCUGGCAACAGGAGGACUGCCGUUGAGCACCUGACAAUGAGAAAAGCCCCGGGAGAGGUCCCACACCCUGGUGGGGGGCCGAGUCAGCCGUUAUGUUCCAAGAAGGUAGCUAAGAAACUUGCCCCCGGGCUGAACCCUUGGGGGGCCGAGUCAGCCGUUAUGUUUCAGGAAGGUAGCUAGGAAACUUGCCCCCGGGCUAAACCCUUGCCAUAUUAGAAUCCACCAAUUAUAUCCCUGUAACCAUGCAUCUGCUUCUGUAUGCUUGCUUCUGCUCCCCAAAAUCCUAUAAAAGCCCAUCCUUGGUUCCGUGGGGCGCGCCAGUCCCCCGAGUGACUGAAGCGCCCGCAGGUGCCUGUGCCUGUGUAUCCCGACAAUAAACCAAAUCCUCUUGCUGAUUGC